AUGAAGUCUACUUUAACUUGGGAUACGCUCAAUAGCUACAUAAACACAGACUUAAUCAAUCCAUCUAAAAUCCACCAUGAGCACAAGGAGAGAAUGCUUCGUUCAAAAUACGACAAUAUCUCUGUUCACGUCAAGAUUGAUAAAUAUGAGUAUGUCUAUAGUCGUUUCAACCUUUCCAGAUACUUACUUGCUUGCCAAGUUCCAUCAAGCAUUGCUCUUGACAUACCAAGAAAGAUCAAAAAAGACUUAAUUGAUACAAAAAGAUAUGAAGUCACUCAAGAUGAGCUUACAGCAAUGGUUUUUGAGCGUCUUUCAAAGGCAGACGGAUCCGAAAUCCUCCAACAAAGAUUUAAAUUGAUACAGCGCUUCAAUUUGGAAAGAGUUCCAUUAAUCAUUUUAAUUACAGGAACAGGCUUUAUUGGAAAGCCUUCUCUCGCAUUCCAGCUCGGUGAGCGUCUGAAUAUCUCCACGAUUUUGCAAACAAGUAUCGUAAACUCUUUAACAAAUGGAACGAACGACCACAUGAACUCCAAAUUCUGGAAUACAGCCUACGCGUCUACAGAAGAUUUUAUCCAUGCUUACCAGACAGAUUGCAACAUCGCCAUUUCCGGAAUUGCUGGAGAUAUUACUAAAACAUUAACUGAUGGAAAACCUUUGAUUAUUGAAGGAAUCCACUUAGAUCCAACAAACUUCUUGAAAUUAUGCGGUGGAAACUCACUUAUUCCACUUGAUUGCUUUAAAGUUGAUAAUAUGAGUAAAAUCGCAAAUGGAAAGAUGGGAUUCAUACUUCCAAUAUGCGUUACAAAGCCAAAGCAAAUUAUCGACGAAUCUAUCAGAUGCUCUCUCCUUUUUACAAGUGGAAAAGGAAAUUGCGGAGAUAGAAUCUGUCAAAUUCAACACAACGCUCACAAAUUACAAGAACUACUCGCAUCGAAGUUCCCGCCUCAAUAUAUCAUCGAUAUUUCUUCAAUUACAGAUGCGAUCGAUAAGAUUCACUCGAUUUUCUUAACUGAACUUACCAAAUUCUAUGCUUCUGAAGAUACAAAGUAA